AUGGCCUCCGCAACGCAAACCGCUGGCGACAGCGAGCAGCUCGCUGCUGCACACGGCAAAGACGACUCUGCGAGCACCGCCCGGCGGCUCUCGUCGCAGACCUUACCGCAGACCGCACCUCCGGCCCUCGGCGCAACGCUGCAUCGCCUCCCCAACAACCCCGCAUUCGGUAGCGCCGCCUCUCUCUCCUCCUUCUCCUACCCUGUCAGCGCCGGCAGGGAACACGGCGAAAAGGCCGACCUGAAGCGCCCGCUGACCGACAUUGAGAUCCUUUCGUCCGUCCCGCCGCAGGUGCUGCAUCUGUUGGCACUGCUCGCACCGGUCAUUCACGCGCUCACCGUGCUCAUCCGCCUCGGCAGCUGGACCGCCGGUCCGCACACGUCCUCCGCCAGUAUCCUCUUACUCAUUGCCUGGUGGGCCGUGUGCACGUACGCCUACCCCGUCCUCCGCUACGCUCCCCAGGCGCUCCCGCUCGCAGCGAUCGCGUGGUACUACCUCCGCCUGCAUGUUGCGCCGUUGCGGCGUCGUGCGAACAAGGCCGGGAGCGAGCGCGGACAGGCAAGCAUCAACGGUGUCGUCGGCGGCGACUCGGUCAGCUUCGCCUCCGCCACCCACGGAAGCCGCGAGCUCCGCGUGCACAACGCCGGUACGAUCAGCGAGACGAUCCGGCAGGUGGAAGAGCUGGCAGACUUCUUUGGGAGCGCAUUCAACCUGCUCCUGCGUCCGAUCAAGUCGCUGCUCGACUGGUCCGACCCGUCAGCCACGCUGGCGACCAUUUCGUUCCUGCUCGUGACGUACCCGUUUUACCUGCUCUGCUUCCUGCCGUGGGAGCAGCUUGGCCUGCCGCGCGCCCGUAUCCUCGUCCUCCCCGGCAGCAGCAUCUGGAGCCUGCUCGGCGCCGCGGUGGCGCGUGGGUGGUGCCUCGGCCGCAUGCUGCUGCUGAACACCGAGUUGCUCGCGCGCGGUCUGCUCAGCCAGGACUCCACGGGUGCUGCGCUGCUCGCGCGCGCCGACGCCGCCGCGCUCCACGCACAGCAGCACUGGCAUGCGCUCGCCACGCAUCCGCUCUCGCAGCGCCUCGCCGAGCUGCUCCACAUCGCCAGCUUGCACUCGCUCCGCAUCGCGCAGUAUGUCGCCGUUCGUUUCAGCAGCGGUUCCGCGUCAUCGUCCGCGGCACGCGCAGCAUUCAUCAUCCCGCUCGCGCCGCCAUACCCCUUCUUCUCGCUCACCAUCUCCUCUGCCUUCUUCUGGCUCGGCACGCUCCUCCUCACCUGGUCUUCUCCCUGUGCCGCACUGCUGCGCCACGCGCUCUGGCGCUCCGCGCUCGUCCGCUUCCUUGCGCGCCGCGCGCUGCACGCGCUGACAUUCGGCCACUGGGCGUACACUGAUGAGCACGGCCGCGACCGGAUGCGCUUCUACCACUUGCACGACAUUCUCUUCGGCGCGGCGAGCGCGCGCACGCACGUCGCAACAGCAGCUGCCGCUGUUGUUGGCUCUGGCCCCGGUGGUGCGGCGGCGGCUGGAGAAGGCGGCCUGGAGCUCGACCCAUUCCAGAUUUCCACCAGUCCGCUGCCGACACCGCAGUUGCGCACCGCCGAGUUGGCGACGACAGAUGCGGUGGCAAUGGCGGGAACGGCGGCGGCCGGUACCAACGGUGCGGAGAAGAAGAUCGAGCGGCACGAGGAUGUCGUAUAUCAGUUCUCCAUCUUUGAGAAUCAGAGAUGGUGGGUCGGUCUCGACUGGACGGCUGCGCUCUUACCACAGGAGCGACCGAGCUGGGCAGACGAGCAGAACAACCCCGUCUCACCUCCUCCAUCCUUCUCUUUACCGCCUGCGAAACUAACGCUGACGCCGACGCCGACAACGGCGAAUCCGCGCGCGCACACACGGCGCCUCGUCAAGUGGCAGUGGAUCGACCCAGAGUGGACCGUCGCUGGCGCAGGGUUCAUCACCGCUGCCGAGGGUAUCGCGUCUCCCAACAGUGCCUCGCUGUCCGCCAGCCUCACGUCCAACUGGAGCGAGAGUCUCCGCGGGCGCUUUGGCAGGUCUGGCGGCGCCGGCCCCGCAGGCAGCCCGCCCACAUCCCCGACCAAGGCGGCCAACGCUGGCAGCAGCGCCCAGACGCUCGAUGCGCUGUCCACCUUCACCGGCAGCGCGGGUGAAGACGGUAGCGGUGCGGAUACGCUGAACGUCGAUCCUGAUGGAUGGCAGUACGGUGACAAUGCAUGGGACAAGAUGAGCAAGAAGGCUGGACUUGGCAGAUACACGCGUCGCAGGAGGUGGGUGCGUAGGGCCGCGCUCGUCGAGGUCGUCGAGAGGGGCUACACGCCCAAGGAUGAGGAAGGGGCGACAGCGGCGAAAAAGUAG